GGCGGCAGCCGAGACCCAGACAUCUGGGACCGUCGUUCUCUCACCACACGCCGGUUUCAGUCAGACCCGGCCCUGGCCCUGGCCCUCCGGUGAGCGGGCAGCCGUAUCUGCCUUCUCUUCCAGUUCCCUAAAGCCACGACGGAAGCUGGCACGGACUGCCUGUGGCUGGUGUCCGAUGCCCUUCAGUGAGGAGGGGGCGUCCGGACCCUGGUGAACGCAACCAUCUUCGUCGGCCCCUCAGGCCCGCACCCGCGUGUCUGCCUGCCAUGGCUGAAAACGCAGAGGGAGACCUGAACUCCAACCUGCUCCACGCCCCCUACCGCACCGGCGACCCUCAGCUGGACACGGCCGUCGGGCAGUGGCUCCGUUGGGACAAGAAUCCCAAAACGAAAGAACAGAUUGAAAAUCUGUUACGAAAUAGGAUGAACAAGGAAUUGAGAGAUCGCCUUUGCUGCCGAAUGACUUUUGGGACUGCAGGACUUCGUUCUGCCAUGGGAGCCGGGUUUUGCUAUAUUAAUGAUCUUACGGUAAUACAAUCAACACAGGGAAUGUACAAAUACCUUGAAAGAUGUUUCUCAGACUUUAAGCAGAGAGGCCUUGUUGUUGGGUAUGACACUCGUGGUCAAGUAACCAGCAGCUGUAGCAGCCAGAGGCUUGCUAAACUCACAGCUGCAGUCUUACUGGCUAAAGAUGUUCCUGUGUACCUUUUUUCAAGAUAUGUUCCUACACCUUUUGUACCAUAUGCAGUCCAAGAGCUCAAAGCAGUUGCAGGUGUGAUGAUUACUGCAUCUCACAACCCCAAGGAAGACAAUGGAUACAAGGUUUAUUGGGAAACUGGUGCUCAGAUCACAUCUCCUCAUGAUAAAGAAAUUUUGAAAUGUAUAGAAGAAUGCAUGGAACCCUGGAAUGGUUCCUGGAAUGAUAAUUUAGUGGACACCAGCCCACUGAAGAAAGAUCCUCUGCAGGACAUUUGCAAGAAAUACAUGGAAGACUUGAAAAACAUCUGUUUUUACAGGGAAUUAAACUCAAAGACUACCUUGAAAUUUGUGCAUACAUCCUUUCAUGGGGUUGGACAUGACUAUGUACAGUUGGCUUUUCAAGCAUUUGGUUUUAAACCUCCAAUUCCAGUACCAGAACAAAAAGAUCCUGAUCCAGACUUUUCUACUGUUAAAUGCCCAAAUCCUGAAGAAGGAGAAUCUGUGCUGGAACUUUCUCUGAGGCUGGCAGAAAGAGAAAAUGCACGAGUGGUUCUUGCCACAGAUCCUGAUGCAGACCGACUGGCAGUGGCAGAACUUCAAGAGCAUGGCCACUGGAAAGUUUUCACAGGGAAUGAACUGGCAGCUUUGUUUGGAUGGUGGAUGUUUGAUUGCUGGAAAAAAAAUAAAGCAACCAAUGCUGAAGUGAAGAAUGUUUAUAUGUUAGCCACCACUGUCUCUUCUAAAAUUUUGAAAGCAAUUGCACUUAAAGAAGGAUUUCAUUUUGAAGAAACAUUACCAGGUUUUAAAUGGAUUGGAAGUAGGAUAAAAAACCUCCUGGAAAAUGGGAAAGAAGUCCUUUUUGCAUUUGAAGAAUCUAUUGGUUUUCUGUGUGGAACUUCAGUAUUAGAUAAAGAUGGGGUGAGUGCAGCUGUUGUUGUUGCUGAGAUGGCAUCUUAUCUGGAAACCAUGAAUAUAACAUUGAAUGAACAACUGAUUAAGGUUUAUGAAAAAUAUGGUUAUCAUAUGUCAAAAACUUCAUAUUUCUUAUGUUAUGAUCCAUCUACUAUCAAAAAUAUAUUUGAAAGGCUUCGUAACUUUGAUUCUCCAAAGGAAUAUCCAAACUUCUGUGGAUCAUUUGCUAUACUGCAUAUACGGGAUGUUACCACUGGAUAUGAUAGCAGUCAACCUAAUAAGAAAUCAGUGCUGCCUGUGAGUAAAAACAGCCAAAUGAUUACAUUUACUUUUCAAAAUGGUUGUGUUGCUACCCUUCGCACAAGUGGGACAGAACCAAAGAUAAAGUAUUAUGCCGAGAUGUGUGCACCACCUGAUCAGAGUGAUAUUGCCCUUCUGGAAGAAGAAUUAAAGACACUAAUUGAAGCUCUGAUAGAGAAUUUUCUUGAGCCCAGCAAGAAUGGACUGAUCUGGCGUUCUGUGUAGGGUACAUUGUGCAUUAGGACUUUGUACUGGCACGUGGAGCAGAACCACCAAGGACUCCAUCCACUGACCCUACUGUUAGCAUUCUGUAUCUCAUUUGGCCAAGGAUCUUUUUCUUUUCGUUUUCUCUCCUUUUUCUCUUUUCUUUUAUUUAACUAAGGACACUGUAUAAAUUUGAAAUGUAAAUGGAGGGAAAUGUUUCAGAUUUUUUAAUGCUCUUGAUUGAAAGUCAUUACAUUAAAAGUGUUCUGGUAACACAUCAUUUUUCUUUUAGCACAGAUAUCAACAACAAAAGUGAAUUGUCUUAUUAAAGUGUGGUUGAUUAAGCUUAGUAACUCAUAUCUUGUACAUGUGUAUAGCAUGGCUUUUAAAAAAGGCAAAUAAAUGUGACAUAAUUAUAGGAUUAGUUAAGGAAAUUAAUCCAUACAAAUGGAAAGAAAUGGUAAUGUUCCUAGAUCAUUAUGGAAAAGUGUCAUUGUUACCUCCUUGGUAUUGAUUUACCAAUUAAAGUAAUUGUACAGAUGUUAUAAUAUGUGGUUUUGUAUCUGCUUCUGGUGCCCUUGGUGCACUGUAAAUUUACUUUGUGUAUUUUAAACUCUGACAUUUACUGAACAGAAAACAAUAGUGAUAACACUCUUACUGUCUUUGUUCUUGUCAGAUUUCUUAGUGCCUUUUCAAGUCUGAUGUGAACUUAAACAGUGUUCUUGCAUUGUAUAUAAUUUUAUCAAUUUUCAGAUAGUUACAGAAAAUCUUCCAACUGUACAGGUGCUUCCUUUGUAUUGAGUGAGUUUGUUGAUUUUAAAAUAGUAUGCUUACAAAACAAGAUCUGAGUAAAAGCAGGCUUAAUGUAACUAUAGUUAAAUGUGUUCAAGUUAGGUUUGUGUGGGUUAUCUUAACCUUUAAGUAAAGAAAAAUAUAUGAAUCAGAAAAUAAGCCCUGAUUUUGACAGUUCUAACUUUGGAAUAACAUUUUGGAGAGCAGAUUUAUUCCUUUAUCUGAUGAAGUAAUGCUAAUGUUAACAAAACAUACAGAUUUUAAAUUCUAAGAAAUACUAAAACUGUUUAGGUGUUUUUGUUGUUGUUGCUUUUGGUACACAGGAGUCAAUCUCAGGACCUUGCACUUGCCAGGCAGGCACUUGCACCACUGAGUUCUAUCCCCAGCCCGUAAAACUACUGUUUAAGGCUAAGGGUCAAGUUAGUCAAAUAUUUUUCUGGCUUCUAUGGAAUUUCUGAUCACAUGAGUAUUUUUGUUUUAAUAUGGAAGAUUUUUUUUAGGAAAGUUACUUUUGGUUGAUUUUAUAGUCUUCUAAAAAGAUUUAACAGAGAACUGCUGUUUAAUCUUUGUAAGGUCUAUCUUCUCUUGGCCAGUUUACAAAAUAAACAUAUAUAUCUAGGGACAGCAAAAACAAAGUCUUAGGUGUAAGCAUCUAAACAAUUUUCCCAUAGGAUCAGUAUUUGUAUUGAAGAAUUUGUUUCCUUAAAAAUAAGCAAUAAUAAUAUAAAGUCUGAACUGAUUAUAAUGUUGACUAAAUAACAGUAUAAUUUGUUUUAGCAUCUGAUGAAGUAAUGCUAAUUUUAACAAAACAUACAGAUUUUAUGUAUGUAAAAUCUGACUUUUGCUUGAGCGCAUAUAAUUUAAAUAUAAUUUUCAGAUUAUUGCAUUGCCACUGUUGUUAGUUUGUUCUUUCCUUACUUUAUCUCUAGAUCUUAUAUGAUGGAAGAUAAUAGAUAGCUAGCUAUAAAUGUAGAGUAUCAUUUUUUUUCUCAAUGAAUUUGUUUUCAAAGUUUUUGCACUGAAGAAGAAAUGUGUAGAAUGUCUUGUUGUUUUAUUUAAAAAUAUGUAAAACAUUUUUGUUUUGUUGGCUCUUAGAAACGUAGAUCAUGACUUAGGAAAAAGCAUGUAUUCUACAAAGUGGUAUGAACAAUGUUAUAUAUGUAUAAAGAACAUUGUAUUUUGUUUUAGUAUCUGUGUUUCUGUGACCAAAGAACAAAAGAGGCUAAUUACAUUGUAGCCCAUUCAUAAUCACUACAAACAUGUUGUGAUUGUCAUUUUCUUAUGAAGAAAACAGUUUUGAGUGCUGUAAUAUAAUACAACAUGGAAACCACCUUAAGUUGAAGAGUCCUGAAGUUUCGACUCUUCUCUAAAAUAUAUUAAAAUCUAAAGUUGAAAUUAACAAAAUUUUAUAAAGCUUUCUGAAUUGUGUAGGUUGAAGACACUAUUUGAUUGUACCAAAACUCUUGAAUCUGAGCAUGAUGUUUAAGUUGAACCUGACAGAGUGAAUACACAUUACUAUUAGUAUAAAUUCAGUGCCCCAGCAGGCAGAAGUACUGACCUAUGGAUCUCUGUUGCAGGCAAUAUGUUAUUCAGCUUUUUUUGUUGUUGUUGUUUAACAGUCUCAGAAAUAUAUGUGUGUUUAUUGAAUAUAAAUAAAAACCUUUCUGCAGGUGAAAAGAAAAGAAUAGGGCAAGAUCAAAAUAAAUUGUAAGUAAACAGUAAAAAUGGACAAUAUAAAGGCCAAUAAGAUAGCACAAAAAAUAUCUUGUGAAGAACAAACCUAGCACCACAAAAGUAGGGAAUAAAGUGUGAGCAGUUUAUGUGUGUUUAUUUCUUGUUAUAAUGAGCAGACAGUGAUCUUAUCAGUUUCCUUUAUUAGACAUCGAGAAACCAGUUAUAGGAGGUGAAGUAAGUGUUUCUAUUAAGAAUUAAAUUCCUGCUAGGGUGUUGUUCCUUGUGUUCAGAAUCAUAUGGAAACUCAAGAGGAAAUUAAGAAGAAAUAAAUGGGAUAAAAUGUAGAUCAGGAAACAAAGACUUGAGAAAAGGGAAAGAUUAUGAUCAUUUAACUCUAGAGAGGAGAAAGCUGUUGAGAUCAUUUACUAAGUCAUAAGCCAUUCACUGAGCCUUUAACUGAAGGACUCAAGUGGUGAUGUCAUACUGCUCCCCAUCUCUAGGGAGAAGGACAGAUCAGAGAGAAAAGGGAUAUUUUUUAAAAAGAUAGCAUGAAAUGUUUAAGAUUUAAGAACUCCUUGAGCAAAAUUUCUCAUAAAAUCUCUUAUUUAAAAUAUUUUAGUUUUUAGGAGAGU